AGUGUGGGUGGAAAUUUAGAGAUAGAUUUAGGAAAUCGAAUUAAAAAUCAUCAUCGAGGAUCACGUCGUCAGAUUCGAGACACGACGACGACGAAACUCGUUGUUCUCCAUUAUCAAAUCAAUCAGCUCCCCCUAAAAAAAAAGCCCUAACUCUCUCUCUCUCUCUCUCUCUCUCUUAGAUCGAUCGGAGGAGUCGGCGGCAAGCGAUAAUGGCCAACAGUAAUUUGCCGCGAAGAAUCAUCAAGGAGACUCAACGUCUACUCAGUGAACCGGCUCCCGGUAUAAGUGCCUCUCCUUCUGAGGAUAAUAUGCGCUAUUUCAAUGUUAUGAUUCUUGGUCCUUCACAAUCACCUUAUGAAGGAGGAGUUUUCAAGUUGGAGCUCUUUUUGCCUGAAGAAUACCCUAUGGCUGCUCCCAAGGUUAGGUUUCUCACAAAGAUAUACCAUCCUAACAUUGACAAGCUGGGAAGAAUAUGUCUUGAUAUCCUGAAGGACAAAUGGAGCCCUGCACUACAAAUACGAACAGUGCUCUUAAGUAUUCAAGCUCUUCUGAGUGCACCAAACCCAGAUGAUCCGCUGUCUGAGAACAUUGCUAAGCAUUGGAAGAGUAAUGAGGCAGAAGCUGUGGAGACAGCCAAAGAAUGGACCCGUCUUUACGCAAGCGGCGCGUAAUGGGUUGGAGGGUGAAAAGAUCUCUUUCAUCCAAAUAACAUUACAUUUGAUGAAAUCUAUCUCAACAUCAAAGUUAUAAGAAAGCUUAUAUCUUGCUGGCUCUUCCCCCGCGUACUUACAAAACCGUGUUUUCGUCUCCAUUAAGUUGUAUCUCUCUGAAUAACUGUAUCAUUACUUAUAGGAUCGAGACACGUUUUUCAUAUUUGAAGUUUGUCAAAGGUUCUUCGAGUCCAAAGUACUCUUUCUCAAGCUC